AUGCUGCGAUCAAGGAUUGGCGUCCUGCAGGCAGUCGCCAAUGCACAGCAGAUUUGUCUGCGAUGUCCAUCCAGACAGCGCCAGCCAUCAUGUUCGAUUGUACGGAUGAGACACGCUCUCCGGCCGACUGACCGUCGCCUCUUAUCAACCACGCGCAUAUUGAGAGCCAUUCCGACAGAAACAACAGAGCAAAACGAUAUUGCAGACGCGAACUCGGAGGAACAACAUUCCCAUCUCAACGAAGCCUUCUCACAAGCCGAGCUCGAAACCUAUCGCGAUAUCAGAGAAUACCUCCGCAGAUGGCAAGAAAUCAACCCGCUGGCUCUUGACCCGGUCCGUGACACCGGUAUCGGAAUAUCUACCCAUUCACCGGGGCAAGGAGUUCUAGGUUCGAUGAUCAACGGUCGUGAAUCCAGCGAGUCUCUCUGGGCCAAUUCAAACCUCAAACAAGAGGACGACUUCGAUACCUCUGAGGAAUGUGAAGGGGAACAUCUCGAACCAGGUGAUAUGGUAGCUCGUCUCACCACAGAUGGUAUCUUCAUAUUUUCAAUCUACGUACGAUCCGUACACCGGCAAAAGCAGUUCUACACCAGUCGCGGAAACUGGCGUGUCUGCACGAAUCGCGAAGUCGACUUCGUAUUCAAGAACUUCGCGCCGCCAGAGCUUCUCGACCCUAUCAUUCCACACUUUCCAGAUGGCCUCACUCAGGUCAACUCAGAAAUCCAGUCUGUUCCCGAGGGCGGCCUUCCCCGACCUCUUGGAGCGCCGUUGGUGAAUAUGAUGAACAAUUUUGAAGAACAUCUCCUAUCGUUCUAUCGAGACAACUCACAAGUUCUAGAUAAUUUGCAUGAACUGGUAGCGGAUGACACAGAGUUCCAGCGUCUGACCCUCGAAGACUUGACCAUGAAGGCUCUCUCUAUCGACGAGUCGGAACUAAACCCGAUAAACAUGUUCAACGUGCACCAGGCUGUGCGACGCCACCCCUUCAAAAUGGAAAAGGAUAUGCCCUCGUUCUUCAGUCGGACUUAUCUCAUCCAGCCCAAGCGGAUUGCCAAAGUCGUUGAUCAGGUCAUUGAUUGGGUGCGCGAACACCAGGACUUCUGCAUUCGCGCCGUCAUGUCAAAAGAACAGCCCGGGCGAAAGGACCACCCCAUGCACCUGUUCAUUCAGAAAUCGCAACGCAUGAUCCGUUUGAGUCGGAAAGUCCGCUCACCAACUAUCAUGUCUAGCGUCGGUCCUUCUUCACAACAAUUUGGCCCCGGUGAUGAUGGAAAAUCCAUGAUGUUCCGUGAAGUCCUCACGGAAAAGUUCACUGCUGAUGACCAAACUAUCCUGGAAUUCCUGCAGUACUACGCGAUCCCUUCUGUCAUCAUGCCCUCCGGCGCACUGAGAUCGGCUGCUUCGCAUAUCAUGCGGGCCAUGGGAAUGUACAACUCUCUCGGACUGAGCGAGGCAUCGACUCGCUUGUUCCUGCAAGAGCUGGGAGUCAUAUCCCCGUGGGAGAACCUGGGUGUCUUGGACCAGAGUCUCCUACUCCCAGGUCACGGAAUGUCUCUCUUGGACGACAUGAAGUGGGAAGAAGUGGGGGAAUCCUGCAAGAACAUUUCUCUGGAAGACUCCAUGCAAAACCUUCGCAAAGAUUGGGGCGAUCUACCUGUCUACUGCGUGGACGAUGUUUCAGCCCAAGAGAUCGACGAUGGAGUCUCGUUGGAACGCAUCCCCGGUUCAGACGACACGUUUUGGGUGCACAUCCACGUCGCCAACCCAACGGCUUUCCUGGACCGUGAUCAUCCCAUUAUAGAUUAUGCUGCAGCACGCGUUGCUACUACCUAUGUCCCUGAGCGAACAUACCCAAUACUGCCGAAUGCCUUGACGCAGGGACAUUUCAGUCUGUCAGCCGGUAGGCCGACGUUGACCUUCAGUGCGAAAAUGAACCUCCAGGGUGAGAUUCUAGAUACCGCUGUUGUGAACGGCACUGUUCGAAACGUGAUUAGCAUCACACACAGCACUCUAUCCAAAUUCCUCAGUGGCUCCUCCGAAUCCGCAGACUACCUUGCUGUCGGCGACAAAUCUACCUGGCCUUCGCCACCCACCAACCAGACCUUCCGCAAAGCCCUCACAGCUGAAGACAAAGAAUCCUUCACAAUCCUCCAAAAACUAAUGCAAGGCUUCCGCACCCAGCGGCAAAAGAACGGCGCAAUGGACCUUCAACCUUCCCACCCAGGCCCCUCGAUUUCCCUUCAAAUCGGCACCGCCCCAUUCAAACCCUACGAAAUGCAAGUCACAGAAGGCCGGUAUUAUGUCGGCGACCCGAAAAUCAAAUUGCGCAUGCAAGACUUCAAUCCGCACGACGUCCGCAAUGAGUCCAAACACUAUCUCAUCUCUCUACUCAUGAAUCUCGCCGGUCAUAUCUCGGGCCGAUUCUGCGCGGACAGAAACAUCCCCGUCGUGUUCAAUGGCACAUGGUAUGAUCCGGAGUAUCAACGUGUCACUCGCGAUAAUGUAGCCGAGUUCGGCGGACAGGCCUUUUAUCGACUUGCUAUGCCCAAGUCGCUGGCAAGGUCUAGCCCGGUGCAGCAUCAUAUCAUGGGCUUGGAUUCUUAUGUCAAGUGUACCAGUCCGUUGCGUCGGUUUACCGAUGUAAUUGCGCAUUAUCAAAUUGAAGCCGCGUUGCGGUUUGAGAAUGAGCAUGGUAGGAGGUUCGAUGGCAGCAUUGACCUUCCGGAGACUGCCUCCGAGGUUGAAGCUGAGCCUGAAUCCACCGCCGAUGUGGAUUUUGAAGACAAUGCCAACCCCCAAUCCUCGCCUCUCCCGUACACAACAACAGACGUGGACAUGUACAUCCCGCAUGCCCAACAAAUAACAACCCGAGUCCGCGACAUCUCAAAUUUUGCCCGCCAACACUGGUCCUGCAUGCUCCUCUUCCGAGCAUUCUACUUCGGCGAAUGCGAACUCCCAACGACCUUCCCAGUUCUACUGCGCGCCAAGAGACUCACCCUCGAACGCGACGGCCUCAAGUACUCCGGCGUCAUUUCCAAUCUCGGCGUUAACUGCACCGUAUCGAUCCCGGCCGGUUGCCCGGGCGUCGAGGAUAUGGAUGUUUUUGGCAUUGUUGAGGCUAGGGUUGUCGGUGUUGAUAUGUCUCGGCUUGAUGUUGAGAUGGAGUGUCUUGGAUUUAUCAAAGCGUUUGAGAGGGUUGGAGAGUGGGCUUAA